AUGCCGCCCUUGUCCAGUAAUCCCUCUGUGAAUAAGAUGUGGGAACGUGAGAUUAACUCGGUGUAUUUACACAAUCUGUGUCUUCAGGUCGAACACUCCUUCAGCUAUCUGGAUAUCCAGGGAAUCAGCAGCAACAAGCCCACUCAGCUGGUGUUGGAGUAUGAACGCGGUCCGUGGUGCCUCCGGCUGGGCUCGGCCGAGGAAGUGGAUGAGGUGAUCGCUCACAUCGGCAGCUGUCUGCACCAGAUCUGCCCCGCCAGCUCACCUGUGAAGGUGAUGAGGAAGUUGAGUUUGAAGCCUCCAGACAGGACAGCCGCCCUCCAGGCCAUCUGGGACGAACAGGGAUCAGCUGACCUCGGACCGUGCGGCGGCUUCUCUCAUCAGUACUGGUGUGUGUGUGAUUACUUGGGUCUGCCGUACAGAGAGGAGGUCCAGUGGGAUGUGGACACCAUCUAUCUCACCCAGGACACCAGAGAGCUCAACCUGCAGGACUUUGUUCACCUGGAAAACAGGGAUUUGGUGCCGAUCAUCGCAGCUCUAGAAUACAACCAGUGGUUCACCAAACUCUCCACCAAAGACUACAAACUGUCAACAGAUGUGUGUGACCAGAUUUUCAAAGUGGUGGCUCGAUCCAACCGGCUGGAGGAGCUGGUUCUGGACAACGCUGGACUCAGAAGCGAUUUUGCUCAGAAACUGGCCAGUGCUCUGUCACACAACCCCGCCUCCACGCUCCACACAAUCAACCUAAGCAACAACUCACUGGAGGACAAAGGUGUUUCUGCUCUGAGUGCUCAAAUCUCCAAACUGCCCAUGGGUCUAAAGCACCUGAACCUGUCCAGGACCUCCAUGUCUCCCAAAGGUGUAAACAGCCUCUGUCAGGCUCUCUGUGCAAACCCAGUCGUGGCCUCCACCCUCACACAUCUGGAUCUGUCAGGAAACUCGCUCAGAGGCGACGACCUUCAGAAUCUGCACAGCUUCCUGAGUCACUCCAACUGCCUGGAAACUCUGGAUCUGUCAAACAGUGACUGCUCUCUGGAGCAGGUGUGUGCGUCUCUGCUCAGAGGAUCUUUGAAGCAUCUCUCUGUCCUCAACAUGUCAAAAACAGUCUUCUCUCACAGGAAGUGCAAAGAAAUCCCUCCGUCCUUCAAGCAGUUCUUCAGCUGUGCUCAGGCUCUGACUGCUGUGAGUCUGUCGGGAACCAGGCUGCCUCUGGAGGCUCUGAAGUAAGAAAAUAUACACCAGAGUUUGACUUUAACCAGACACACAGAGCAUCGUGUCGGUCAGUUAUUUUUAAACAUUUUAGUUGAUGCUGUGUUGACUCAAAUUCUAAUCAUUUAUGUUUCUGUGCUUCCACACUCAGGUUUGGAUAUGGAUCUGACCACUCUGCUCGUCUGGCUGGCCAAGAACCGCUCCAUCAGGCACCUUUCACUGGGCAAAAACUUCAACAAUAUCAAAUCCAAAAAUGUGGCUCAGGUCCUCGACAACCUUGUUCAUAUGAUUCAAGAGGAGGAGUCACCGCUGACCUCGCUGUCCCUGGCGGAUUCCAAGCUGAAGUCCGACCUCUCCAUCAUCCUCAACGCUCUGGGCAGCAACACCUCUCUUACCAAACUGGACAUCAGUGGGAACUCCAUGGGUGACAUGGGAGCCAAGAUGCUGGCCAAAGCUCUGCAGAUCAACACCAAGCUCAGGACGUUAGUGUGGGACAGAAACAAUGUCAGUCCUCAGGGUCUGCAGGACGUAGCUGCUGCUUUGGAGAAGAACUACACCAUUCGUUUCAUGCCUGUUCCCAUCAUGGACGCUGCUCAGGCGCUGAAGGCGAAUCCGGAGAAGACAGAGGACGCCUUGCUUAAGCUGCUCCCGAAUCUGUACCACCUGAGGAGUGGGGGCUCCAGAGGUGCAUGUGUGGGAGCCAUUCAGGACAAACUGGAGUCGAUGGCCGGAGAGGUGGCCAGAGUGAUGGACGAGCAGCUGCAGACGAUGCUGGUGUCCAUGGUGGACGCUGCCGAAGGCCUGUGUCCUCAUGUGAUGAAGAGGAGCAGCCUUCGUCAGGAGCUGCUGAAGGCUGGUGUGGGGAGGAUGACGAUCCCCCGCAGCUUCGUCACCACCACGCUGCUGGAGCAGUCCGGGGUGGACAUCAUCAACAAGAUCAGUGAAGUGAAACUCAGCAUUGCAUCGUUUCUGUCUGAUCGCAUCGCUGACGAGAUCCUGGAGUCUCUGUCCGGAUCACAGCACACUCUGGCUGACCACCUGAUCAGGAAGGAUCAACCUCUGGUGCGUCAGGAGCCCCAGAUGGAGACGGAGGUCCUGGAUGAGACAGUUCUGCAGCCAGAGAACCACGACCAGGAUCAGAAACUGGACCGGAAACACAGUUUGGAGGAUAUGGACUCCUGCACUAUGACUCCUAAAUCCAAGAGGAAGAGUAUUCUGGUCAGGAUGCUGCGACCCGUCUCUGUGGCAUUUGAGAUGGAGUUUGACCUGGAUAAAGCUCUGGAAGAGGUUCCUAUCCAUGUCGAGGACCCCCCUCUUCCUCCUCCUCCUGCCUCUUCGAAGCCGUUGGACAGAAUGUCAGUGCGCUACGGAGACCUCCCCCCACCACCUCCUCCACUGGAUACAAAACCUGUGUGUUUGGGCGAGCUGCCAUCGGCGGAGCACAAGAUGCUGGAACAUCGCACCAAAUUCCGCCCAAAACCCAAGAAGAGGACAAAACCCACUCGAUCACCUCGGGCGGCCACUGGUGGCUCGGCAGGACAGGAAACGGAGCAGAACAGCGUCAUGGGAAAGCUGGAUGAGGGCCUGGAUGACUUCUUCUCCAAGAAAGUCAUCAAACUCAGCUUCAAACUUCCCUCUGUGAAAGGGUCGUCCUCCAGCACGCAGGAAGCAACGGAUAAGAAACGUGAAUCCAGGAAGAGCGGCUUCUUCAACCUCAUCAAAUCCCGAGCGUCGCGGUCAGAGAAGAGCCACGGAACUGCCUCCAUAACCCCAUCUCAACCUUCUUCAUCCACCACCGCUGCACCUUCAUUGCCUGAGGAGACUCCACCGACGUCACCGACUCCACCAGUGAAAAUCCCUGCUACUGUGGCAGAGCCUCAUCAGGAGCUCCACAGGGCUCCAUCUUCGAACCACACAGAUUCUGAGAUGGAGACGUCUGCGACCGCCGCCGAACCUGCUGAGGAGGAGAAAGAGGAGAAACUUGUGGAGAGUAAGGAGAACCUGGAGAACCCAGAGAAGAAGGAGAACCCCCACAUACCCCGUCACAUUGGGGUUCCUGUGAUGGGAAUGGACCUGCUGGCUGAGAUGAAAGCCAGGCAGGAGAGAAGGGCUGGAAAGAAGCAUGAGUCAUCAUCAUUACUGGACAAGGUGGACGGUGACAAAGCCAAGUCAGACGUCCCAGCAGACGCCGAGGAGUCCAGACCAGAGCCGACUCCCAGGUCCAAACCACCAAGCAUCACACCCAAACCACCACCACCCCAAGUAGCCUCCCGUCCCGCUGGAGCCCUCAGUCCAACGAGUCCCAGGCCAAGCAGCGCCUACGUCCAAGAUGAUUCUCCUGAGGCUCCAACAGGUGGCUCUUCGCCCAAAGGACCGCUGCCCGCUCCUCGCCUGAAGAGGGCGCCAUCAGACCAAGAGCGAGAAAGCACCAGCAGUAACCCUACAGGACCGCUGUCUCCUCUGGAUGCUGAGUUUCCUGCAGAUGGAGAUGCAUUUGAGCCUCCCGGUGCGUCAGGAACCGAGGCUGGCGGCAGACAGUGGUCGUCUCUGAAAGGUUCAUCCAGUCCUCCUGCUGCCACCAAGGAGGACGAACGAGAGCGAGCCAAGUCCCUCCCUGCCUACGUAAAGCCUCCAUCUGUGGCAGACACAGAUGUCAGUCCAGCUGAGGAAGAAAGCCCGACGUCUUCCGCUGAUCUGAAGUCUGACAACAAAUCAGAAGAUGGUUCCAGUGAUGACGUUCCUUCAGUCUGACAGCAACAAUAUGUCUCCUGCUUGUUGGUCCUUUCUACGUCCGAUAAACUUUUCAGGAGGUCACUCACAAACCCCAGAGACUCCAGAGAUGAUUUCUUUUUUUUGUUGUUGUUGUUUUUUUUUUCAGACAACAUCUAAGCACAGCAGAUACUGUUCUGUUUUGUUUUGGUUUUUUUUUGUCCUGCUGGUAUCGAUGGAGUUUCUUGCUCUUGAAUCAGUCCCAGCUGUUUGGCCAAGUGGACGCCAAAACAACUCCAUUACUGUCUCUGUAAACAGUUUAAAUAGGACCAUAAAGAGCAGAGCAGAUGGGCUUUAUCUGGUGCAGAGACAAUGCCUGGUUGCUCAGAUAAACAUGUCCAGCUGUAAAAAGCUCUCUCAGUCCAGAGCACUUAGGAGAACGAGUCUGACUUGUUUUCAGCCAUAAGCAGGUCCAGACUGCAGCUGUUUGGUUUCCGGUCUGUUGUGCAGGUAAACUGUAGCUGGUACUUCAGUGAUCUCUACCAGCAGGACGCCUGGAAACAAAGAUUCACUCAUCAACGAAUUGGAAAAUACCAAAAAUUCGAAGCAGCUGAGAGCAGAAAUGUCCUGAAACACAACAAGCGUCCACUUUUGCGGCAUCAACAUUAUAACCAACUAUGCUAGCCUGAUGAGUCGAACACUUCUGAAGGGGUUGCUUCACUUCAAGGCAACAGCAAAGAUGUUCUUUCUAGCUUUAACCAGAAAUGCCAAGACGUUUAACCUUAUAAAAUAUAAUGAAAUACUCUCUAACGUCUCUAAUCAGGGCUUUGCGAGGUUUAUGUCCGUCAUUAGAAAAUCUUCCAGUAUGAACUCUGACUACUAGCUUCUUAACAAAACACUGAACCUUUGCUUUGUUACUCACACUGUAAAAAAAAUAUUGUCUUUUUCUAGAUUCAGAUCCGCCUGUUGGGUUAAGAUUAUUCCUCAUGUUCUCUUUUCAGUUUAGCUUUAUUUAGGAAUUUUGCAGAUGUUUGUGUCUUUAAAUAACGGAGAAUUAAGUGAAUGUCAAGGAAAAUUAAAGCUGCAGUGCGGGACUUUAACACAUAAGUCCAUGCCUUUUACAUUCAAGCCAAAUUAUUACACACAAUGCUGGUAUAUAUAUAUGUUUUUUAUUUUACAGUAUAGCAGAGUUUGAAAUCUGGUUUCUGUGGUGACAUUCCUGAGACGGAGGAGCUACACUAACUAUGAAACCAAGACAGCAUCCAAGAAAAGUUGUUGAUGCUCCGGAUAGGAAAGAAUUUUCAGAGGACAGAGGACAGUCUGAAAAAGAAAGAGAUCAACACUGACGCAUGAGCCUGUGUUUAUGUAGUUAGUCUCACAGCCAGAAGGGGGAGACAGAAGUUCUGCACUGCAGGUUUGAUUCUCAAAACUUCACUGACAAACCUGAUCUGCAUUCCAAAAUCACACAAUUUAUCUUUUAACUUUAUGUACAACAGCCGCCCUCAGAAAGUGCUUAAAAUGUGCAUACAGUUGGAACAAACUUUGUCACAAAAAUGCACCUUAAACUUUGACCGUCGCAGUCUGUAGCGUUAAAAGGAGCUGCCAUCUGUAUGUUAUCAGUGACUUGAGCUUGUUUAUAUGCAGCGUAUGUAACGUAACAGAGGAUUGUGGGUCAGACUUUGAAAUACGACCUGCAUGUCAUGGAACAUUUGGUUAUUUUUGGAUUACUACGUUUGACAUACUGCAUUUUUUCUGGCAUACUAUAUAAUAUGAAGCCCAUGUUUGUCCACACAUUGAAAGACAAUAAGCUAUACAAAGUCUUACAGUCCACAGCCUGAGCUACAGAGACAGUUUGUUCUCGUUACUGUGAAAACUGUUUCUGACUUGUAAAUAUAAGAUCUGAUAGACUAUUAUUUUCAUUGCUGGUGAAUCUAUCAAUUAAUUACUGGAUUCAUUGAUUAGUCCUUUAAGCAGAUGUCAGAAAAUGAUGAAAAAUGACAAAUAGUGGUUCUUAAGAGCCCAAAUAGCAUCGUGAAAUGGCAUGAUUGGUCCACAGAUAUUCAGUUUACUGUCAUAGAAGAGGGAAAAAACAGAAAAUAUUCACAUUUGAGAUGCAGCAGUCUGA